AUGGACAGCUGUAUUGUUGAUAACUGUGCGGAACGCAGAUCGAGCUCCGAUGACGCGCAAGCCACAACGCUGACACCUCCAAGCUCAACGGUCCGCAAACCAGGAACACCCGUGAAGCGUACUAAAAAGUUACAUCCGCUAUCACCGGCGCUUUCGUCGCCGAUCAGGCCGCAGAAGGCUCGCAAACUCUCUCACAAGGGCGACACGCAUCUUAUCACCACCAGAUCAUCCAACUCACAGACUCUGGAAGAGCUAAUCGAGACUUUCACGGAUGAGAAACGAUUGGCAUUGCUCCAGGAUUCCCAGAGGAAACCACCAUUCUCAUAUGCCAUGCUGAUCGGGCUGGCCAUUCUGCAAUCAGAAGAAGUCAGACUGACGCUAUCUCAAAUAUACCAUUGGAUCACCCACCAUUUCCCCUUCUACAAGCUGUCAGACUACGGCUGGCAAAACAGCAUUAGACACAAUUUGUCGCUCAACGAAGCGUUUGUCAAGGGCGAUAAGUCCUCGGACGGCAAAGGUCACUACUGGCAAGUGAAACCCGGCUGCGAAGGCAAGUUCUUUAAGAGCGGACUGUCUGACGAAGAAAUCAGAAGCAAGCUUUCCAAAUUGUGUUUCAACGUUAUGGCAGCCACGGCUGAGCAACAAACUGCACAUGCGGCAGACUCUCUGGCCCGCGAGUUGUUCACUCAGACAGACCCAGAAAGCGUCAACGAGAGGCACAGAAUGAAGGGAAAAAAGCUAGAAGAGCCUUGCGAGCUGGAGAUUUCAACAGACGAAGACAGUGACGCUGAGGAUAUGCAUAAUCCUUUGCUGGACGUUCCUUCAUCGCCUUCUCCGUUCGCUUCCAAGCACGACUCAAGCGACCAAGACGCGUUCAUCGACAAUUGUGUUUCGGACUUUACGAACGCAACAGCGUUUUCGACUGCACGCGAUACGAAUCCAGGCUUCAACCUCAGCUUCUCACCCACCGAAGAAAUCAAGAAGUAUUCCUGCUCUUUCAAUACCAGCUUCGACGGCUCUCCACAUGCCAAGACUCCGAAAAUGACCUCGUCGCCCUGUGGCAAUUUCGGCUCUCCAGAGCCGCACCAGAUGACAUCGAGAUCUACCACUGAUUCGUUGGAUCUCCUAAAGACCCCUCAAAUCAAGCCCGUGAGCAGGAUCGAUACUCCACGCGACCCCAACUCUACACGCAAAUGGCGCACACCAUCAGCAUUGGUGGACGAUUUUACACGCUCCCCGCUUUUGAUAAACAUGUCUAGGACGCCAAUGUUGCUUGGAGAUCACAGCUCCACAGACGGCGUUAUGGAGCGAGUACCACUAACCGGACAGUCUCAUAAGUAUUUCGAAAACAUUCGAUACACCUCUGGCCUGUUUGGUGUCGACGUGUGCUCGGUGUGGAAGAGGGCAGUUGAAAGCGGUUUGAACUCGGCGGCAUCAACAGAGCCAGCGGGUCAGCAUAACAGGCUUGACAUGCCGUUUCAGGCGUUACACGAGUAG